AUGAGUGCUCUUUUUAAUUUCCGCGCCCUUUUACAAGUGCUUCUACUUCUUAUCUGUUCGUGCACUUACAUUCAUGCCCAAUGGCCUUCGAUUUUAGACCGUUACAAGGAUCAUAGCAUGCUCGGCGCUUUCUGGAAAUUCGCUCGCAUUGGAGAAAGGGCAAGUCCCUAUGUCAGUCUAGCAUGCAUAAUCAUGGCUGUUCAGCAACUUAGUGCCUGA